GUGUCUGGGAUGUUGCUGUAUUAGGCCUGUUGUGUACCAGUGUUUUAGAAGUGUUUUGGUAGACCUAUUGGCCUACUUAGGCCAUUGGCCAGCCAGUGACGUUGUUUUGGGGGGCAUAUCGUCUACUAGUCUUAGGUUUGUUCCAAUUUUUAAAAUGUCUACUUUUAUUGAGGUGAGAUUUUGAACUUCUGUUUUCCUAGCUGGGCUAGAAGGAAAGUCAUUUAAGAUGACAGUACAGGAACAAUGGCUGUAUAGAGAGGUGUGUGUGUGUUUAGUCUAAAUAAAAAGCGCAGUGGUAAGUUGUGUGGGAAUUUUAAGAACUUUAUUCAUUUGACCUUUUUUUAGUAAAAAUUGACAGCAGUAAAAAAGGAAAGUUGUUUUUCAUAUGAUGCAGUUUAUAAUGCAUUUUUAUAUUCAUAUCUUUCACCUGUUGCCUUUUUAAUAAUACUUACAUAUUCUAUGUUUAUUAUCUGAUGUGACUUCAUAUACAGACUCUGUCCCAAGCCAUAGUCAAAGUGGUUAUCCCAACAGAAAGGUACAUGUUUUUACUUUUUAAAAUUGGUGUAAAAACGUAUAAAAACAACCCGUAAUGAAUAAACCCACAUUUUUUAAGUUUGAUCAAUUACAUCUCUGCAUGCUACGGGGGUCGUUCAGUAUGGGUGAGCAAUGGUUGAGGCAAGCACAAGUAGGCUUAUGACCCCAACAGGUUUAAUGCUAGCAGACGUAGCCUUAUAGUCCCAUCAGGUUUAAUGCUAGCAGACAUAGCCUUAUAGUCCCAUCAGGUUUAAUGCUAGCAGACGUAGCCUUAUAGUCCCAUCAGGUUUAAUGCUAGCAGACGUAGCCUUAUAGUCCCAUCAGGUUUAAUGCUAGCAGACGUAGCCUUAUAGUCCCAUCAGGUUUAAUGCUAGCAGACGUAGCCUUAUAGUCCCAUCAGGUUUAAUGCUAGCAGACGUAGCCUUAUAGUCCCAUCAGGUUUAAUGCUAGCAGACGUAGCCUUAUAGUCCCAUCAGGUUUAAUGCUAGCAGACGUAGCCUUAUAGUCCCAUCAGGUUUAAUGCUAGCAGACGUAGCCUUAUAGUCCCAUCAGGUUUAAUGCUAGCAGACAUAGCCUUAUAGUCCCAUCAGGUUUAAUGCUAGCAGACGUAGCCUUAUAGUCCCAUCAGGUUUAAUGCUAGCAGACGUAGCCUUAUAGUCCCAUCACGUUUAAUGCUAGUAGACGUAUCCUUAUAUUCCCAUCAGGUUUAAUACUAGCAGACGUAGCCUUAUAGUCCCAUCAGGUUUAAUGCUAGCAGACGUAGCCUUAUAGUCCCAUCAGGUUUAAUGCUAGCAGACAUAGCCUUAUAGUCCCAUCAGGUUUAAUGCUAGCAGACGUAGCCUUAUAGUCCCAUCACGUUUAAUGCUAGCAGACGUAGCCUUAUAGUCCCAUCAGGUUUAAUGCUAGCAGACGUAGCCUUAUAGUCCCAUCAGGUUUAAUGCUAGCAGACGUAGCCUUAUAGUCCCAUCAGGUUUAAUGCUAGCAGACGUAGCCUUAUAGUCCCAUCAGGUUUAAUGCUAGCCGACGUAGCCUUAUAGUCCCAUCAGGUUUAAUGCUAGCCGACGUAGCCUUAUAGUCCCAUCAGGUUUAAUGCUAGCAGACGUAGCCUUAUAGUCCCAUCAAGUUUAAUGCUAGCAGACGUAGCCUUAUAGUCCCAUCAGGUUUAAUGCUAGCAGACGUAGCCAAAGAGCCCCAUCAGGUUUAAUGCUAGCAGACUGCAAGAUGCUCAUUCCUACAGCACACCAUUGGCUUCCUGCCACCACAGUGUCCAUAUGCUGUUCUCCUCACACAUUUAUCCAACUCUCCCUGCAAACAUCAAUACAGUCCGUGAACCACCAUGCCAUUACUUGUUUGAUGGUAUAGAGGACAUCAAAAGCAUUUUCACGACACUAUAUCACCACUCGCAUGCAUAGGCUAAUAAUAUCCAUGUUAUGACGCUAGCUACAUAUUACACUCUCACAUGACGUACAUACCAUACUAUUCUGGUAGUAGUUGGGUUCUUUAGAGUGACCGGUCCUGCCCUCUGACUAUUGCUCACUCCCACCGACACGCCCCCUUGGCCUCUGUCAUCCAAUCACGGGCUCAGCAACACCUGGCCCCAGCUCAGACAUCCAAUCCAAACCUCCCAUUAGUCUCAGUGACCUUUGACAUUGGCCUUGGUGAGCAGAACAAGUUGAACUGUCUGCGGCAGCGAGGGACCUGAAAGCAUCAUGGGAUGGAUUGGGAAAGUAUACAGAAUUUUACCCACCAUGCAUUGGUAGGAUCAGCUAAAAUACUAUCUCAUCAAUGUGAUUUGUGUUGUCUACAAAUAAAUUAAAGACAUCCUGUGUUUUUUUGUUGGCCACUAAUUUGUCCAACAUGCACCAAUAUUAGAUCACUCUAAGGCCUAAUUCACCCAUUUACACAUUGGUAUUUAUUCAUACAUCAUUAACUAGUGACUCAUAAUGACCAAUAGAGGGUCUUUUUGUUAUGUAGCCUAUUCAGGCCAACAAUCCUGUACUGCUUUGGUUCUUCCAGUCAGUCAGCCAGCCAGUCAGGAGUUCAGGGUGGAUUUGACAGGCACUGUAUUGGCUGAUACGUCACUCAAUAAAGAGUCACUCAAACCUCUCUAUCACACUUGUAUUAUUAUCCAGCUUCUCUGUCCUCCCUUCCUUCUAGUCUUUACUGUGGGGAGAUGGUAGUUAGCAUUGCCUGUUAUAUUGAUUUCAUAAAGGCCCAUGCAUGCUUAUGUAACUAGUAGAAGUAAUAACUAGUGUUUUGUUUUUAGACUGUUAAUGGCUCUUAACAUUGAUUUGAAGGUAUUUUUAUCAUAUCAGAAAUGCUACGGUCAAACAUUUAGGAAGAUGUUUCUUUCAUCAUUCUUACACAUUAGAUUAGUUCAUGUAGUCAAACAAUACAAUGUAAAAAAUAAUUAAAGUUGAAUUGUCUAGUACAGCGUUUCCCAAAACUCAGUCCUGGAGACCCCCAAGGUGUGCACGUUUUGGGGGCACUACACAGCUGAUUCAGGUAAUGAACUCAAAGCUUUGAUGAUUUGAAUCAGCUGGAGUAAAACAAACCGUGCACCCCUUAGGGGGGUCUCCAGGACCGAGUUUGUGAAACCCUGGUCUAGUACAUCUGGAUGUGUUGUGAUAGUGUGUAGCCCAGAGGCUGUUUCUAGGUCUCACAAGCAGACAGACAGGCCUCCGGAGAAGAAGGGUCGUCUGCUCUGAAUCCGUUUUGUUUUAACUGUGUUUUUCUUCUAGGAAUUUGCUCUCUCUCAUCCACCGAAUGAUCGAGUUUGUGGUGCGUGAGGGCCCCAUGUUCGAAGCCAUGAUCAUGAAUCGAGAGCUCAGCAAUCCCAUGUACCGGUUUCUGUUUGAGAACCAGAGCCCAGCACACGUCUACUACCGUUGGAAACUCUAUUCCAUACUACAGGGAGAAGCACCAACAAAAUGGCGGACGGACGAAUUCCGCAUGUUCAAGAACGGCUCGUUGUGGCGCCCUCCUCCCCUCAACCCCUACCUACACGGCAACUUUGAAGAGGGGGAGGAGCCAGAGGAGGAAGAGGAGGAACCUGGGAAGAAAGGAUGCUUAAAAGAGGAAGAGCGUGAUCAGCUAGAAGAGCUGUUGAGAGGUCUGACUCCUAGGAAGGGUGACAUAGCAGAGGCCAUGUUGUUCUGUCUGAGUCAUGCCGAGGCUGCAGAGGAGAUCGUAGAGUGUGUCACAGAGUCUCUCUCCAUCCUCAAGACACCACUCCCCAAGAAGAUUGCACGUUUAUAUCUUGUGUCUGAUGUGCUGUACAACUCGUCUGCUAAAGUAGCCAACGCGUCGUACUACAGAAAAUACUUUGAGGCCAAGCUCUGCCAGGUCUUCUCGGACCUCAAUGCAACAUACAAGUCGACACAGGGUCAUCUCCAGUCAGAGAACUUUAAGCAACGAGUGAUGUCGUGUUUCCGUGCGUGGGAGGACUGGGCCGUGUACCCAGAUCCCUUCCUCAUCAAGCUACAGAACGUCUUCCUGGGUCUAGUCAACUUGUCAGCUGAGGAGGCGGCUUCCACUCCCAUCACAGUAGAGAAACUGCAGUUUGAACAUCUGGCCCCUAGUCUGUUGGCCCAGAAUGAGCCAGUGGAGGACAUUGACGGGGCCCCCAUUGGGGAGGACAUGGAUGGGGCCCCACUGGAGGACGUAGAUGGGGUUCCUAUAGGACUGGACGGGGCUGCCGUGGUGGCCGGCGCCCCUCUAGACGGAGCUUCCCUGGGGCUGGAUGAUCUGGAUGGAGUGCCCAUCAAAGCCCCGGAGGAGGACAUAGACGGACUGCCCUUGGAUCGUGCUGCGGCCAAAUCCUUUAAAGUAGCGCCUUCAAAAUGGGAAGCAGUGGACGAAUCUGAGCUGGAGGCACAGGCCGUGACCACCUCAAAGUGGGAGAUCUUUGAGCAGCCAGAGGAGGAGAAUAAGGACGAGGACGACAGUGAUGAUGAGGACACCAAGAGUUCUCGUUCAGAGGAGCCUCCCAGUUACUCUAACCCCAUCAGAGACGACUUGGACUCCAAAACCAAGCACUCUGAGAUGAAUGAGGACAGACGCACCAAGCUACGGGAGAUAGAGGUCAAAGUGAUGAAGUUCCAGGACGAGCUGGAGUCUGGGAAAAGGCCCAAGAAGUCUGGCCAGAGUCUCCAAGAACAGGUGGAACACUACAGAGACAAACUGUUACACAAGGAAAAAGAAAAGGAGAAACUGGAACGAGAGAAAGAGCGGGAGAAAGAGAGGGAGAAAAAGGAUAAGGAGAAAAGCGAAGCUCGGUUAAAAGACGCCAAGAAGGAGGAGUCUACUCCGACCAGGAGAGACAGGCGCGGUGUGUCUCCUGUGGUUGCUAAGAAACGGCGUCACAGCGGCUCGCCCGGCAGCCCCCCGAGGAGCAGCAGCAGACGGGCUCGCUCCCCGUCCCCCCGCUCGGAGAGGUCAGAACGUUCCGAACGCUCGGACCGCUCCUACUCCAAGGACGUAGCGUCGUCACGAUCCCGCUCCUCCCACAAAGACUCCCCUCGCGUCACCAGCAGCAAGAAGUUGUCCAAAAGGUCUCCCUCUUUACCCCGCACGCCCAAACGUUCCAGGAGAUCGCGCUCCAGAACACCCAAGAAAUCCGCUAAGAAGUCACGGUCAAAAUCACGGUCUCCGCAUCGGUCCCACAAGAAAUCAAAGAAGAGCAAACACUAACAAAUCACAUCCCUGUUCACUCUCCCCUAUACACCCUCCCCCCCCAACCUCCACUAUACACCCUCACAUCCCUGUUCACUCUCCCCUAUACACCCUCCCCCCCCAACCUCCCCUAUACACCCUCCCCCCCCAACCUCCCCUAUACACCCUCCCCCCCCCCAACCUCCACUACACACACCCUCUCCCGUGAUGGAUAAAUAAAAGAAUGAACUGGAGUGGCAGCUCCGUUCCCUGCCUGAAUGUUCCUGUGAAGAAGAGGAUGAUGAAGAGGAGUAAUGGGUAUUCCAUGUUGGGUCUCGAUGGAUCCAGCCUGGUUGCCAGGUGAUGUGUGUCUGGGAUCUAGCCGUGUUGCCAUGUUGGUACUCAAUGGAUCCAGCAGGUUUUCCAUGUUGGGACUAAAUGGAUCCAGCAGGGUUGCCAUGUUGGGACUAAAUACAUUUUGCCAGAAUGGAUCUAACCUGAAUAAUAAGAAAAUAUGAGCUGGAUAUGUGUCCUGCCCACUCUUCCACCGCCCAAUGGGGUUAAUCCUUGUAGUAGACCACACUCCCAGUGUGAUGAUGUAGUCUUUUAUUCCCCUCAUGAUAUCCUUUCCUUUUUUUUCCACAAAUUAAUAAAAAGGAUUCAUAAUAAAAAAUAGAAUUUGUCCUUUAA